CUGCAGGUAACAAAUGACGACUCUGUUGACAAGCAACAUGAUCUAUUCAUUCUUUUUUUCAAUGGUGAAAUGAUGAUUUAUUAACUGAUACACAGUAUCUGACGCAAACAAGUGAGGACACCAUCACUCACGAUGUCUUUCAGAGAUCUGAGAAAUUUUACAGAAAUGAUGAGAGCUUUGGGCUAUCCUCGCUUGAUUUCCUUGGAGAACUUCAGAACACCCAACUUCAAUCUGGUGGCAGAAAUCAUGUUAUGGCUCGUUAAAAGGUAUGAACCUCAGAUGGACCUUCCUCCAGAUGUAGACACAGAGUCAGACAGAGUAUUCUUCAUAAAGGCUGUGGCUCAGUUCAUGGCAACUAAAGCACACAUCAAGCUGAACACUAAGCGCCUCUACCAGGCGGACGGCUAUGCUGUGAAAGAGAUGUUAAAGGUCACGUCAGUGUUGUACAGUGCAACGAAGAGCAAGCAAAUGGGCCUGGAGGACAGAGCGGAGGAGGACUGCAGCAAUUUAAAGUUUGAGAUUGGAUCACGGAUUUCUGAUCUCAAAGCAGCUCGGCAGCUAGCUUCAGAAGUCACGUCUAAAGGAGCAUCUCUGUAUGAUUUACUCGGCCAAGAGGUGGAACUUAGGGAAAAGAGAACUGCGGCCAUUGCAAGACCUCUGGAGAUCGAUGUUACUGAAAAGGCCCUGAAAGAAGCCAUCAGGGAGGCCUUGGAAACAGUGGAGAAGACUAAAGAAAUGCUGAAUAAUAUUGUCUCUGAUGAGGCCAGUCUGGAUGCCAAGAUAGAACGGAAGAAACAGGAACUGGAAAGAAGUCGCAAGAGACUUCAGACCCUGCAAAGUGUGCGACCAGCGUUCAUGGACGAAUAUGAGAAGAUCGAAGAAGACUUGCAGAAGCAGUAUGAGAUCUAUGUGGCAAAGUUAAAAAACCUGUGUUUUCUGGAGUCUCAACUGGAAGAUUACCAUCAUCUGGAGCAAGAGCGUUUUGAGGAAGCUGAAAACACUCUGAGGAUGAUGCAGCAAAAUCUAAAGGACGAUGACAGAGAUCUAAUGAGGAGCUCAUUAAAAGAUGUGGACUCUGACACCGACGUUCUUGAUGAUGAAGGUGAUAUGGACAGUGACUUGGAAGAGCCUCGGCCCUCCAAUCCACGGCCCACUAGAAAUGGCUUGAUGGCUUCUAAACCGACAAACGAUUUGUUCAGAAGAGGAACACGAUUUAUUGGGAACAUGCAGGGUGGUGACAGUGAUGAGUCAGAGGACAGCGAAAUAGAUGUGGAUGACGAUGACGAAGAGGAUGAAGGCGACGAGGAGAGCAAAGAAUUAGAUGACAGUUUAGAGGACCACGUGUCCAGGGCAACACACAUCUCCAGGGGACGCACAAGGCCGCCUCUUUUCGAUGAGAGCGACAACGACUUCUGAAGAACAGGAUUCAUCGCGGGAGCACUGAGCUUCAAUGUACAAUAGCCCUUGUCGUUUGUCAAUUUUCUUAAUGAACUAUAGUUUGGUCCUCUGUCCCCCAAACGCAAGUGAUGCACAUGAUGCACAGUCAUGUUGAAACAAAAAUUGGCAUCUCCAAACUGUUUCCACAAACUCAGAAGUGUCCCGAGAUAUUACCCCCUGAGCUCCAGUGAAACGAACGCCGAAUGUUUCAGCAUAUCCAGAGAUUUUGGACAAAUAGUUUGGAAAUUACCCCCUUUCUCUUCUGUCUCUUUGGAGCAAUGAACAAAGCCAGGUCUAUAAAGACAUGAAUGAGAGAAUUUGGUAUGGAUGAAAUUGACUGGCCUGUGCAGGGGCCUGCCCUCAACCCGACAGAACAUUUUUGGGUUGGUUUUGAGUGGAGUGAGCCAGGCCUUCUCAUACAACAUCAUGGUGUGACCUCAAAAUUAUGCUCCAGGAAGAAUAGCCAAAUGUUCCCAUUAACUCGUGCCUAAAAUUUGCUGAAAGCCUCCCCCC